UACUCUUGCUCAGCAAAGUGGUGGAGUCCAAUCCGGAGCCCUUCAAGCCCCACUAUCGCCAACUGCUGCAGCUGUUUGGCACCGUGCUGCGAGACCUGGACAACCCCCACAGCCAUGUACUACAGCAUCCUCACCCUCACCGCUAUGACUGCCUACACUGGCACAGAAGAGAUGAACCUAAUGCGCUCCCUCAUCCCAACACUGAUCAUUGCUCUCAGACACCUCAUCAAGGCAGACCAGGAUCAGGCCAGUGAGGCCAUGGAGGUGUUCGAUGAGCUGAUGGAGAGUGAGGUGUCCAUCAUGGUCCCACACAUCACUGAAAUUGUCCACUUCUGCUUGGAGGUCAGUGCAGACACUACACUGACUGACUCCCUGCGUGUGAAGGCUCUGUCCUGCAUUGCUUUUCUCAUUCGUCUCAAGAGCAAGACAGUGUUAAAGCAGAAGCUGCUCAAUCCCAUCCUGCAGACGGUGUUCCCCGUGCUUAGUGCAGCGCCACCACCUGGGGAGGAGGACCCUGAGGACGAGGAGAACAGCAAUGAGGACGACACUGACAACGAGAGUCCCAAACACUUUGCUGCUCAGGUUAUUGACACCAUGGCUCUUCGCAUGCCCCCUGAGAAACUAUUCCACCAACUGAUGCCGCUGACUCAAGCAUGUCUGGCCAGUGAUAACCCCUAUGAGAGGAAAGCUGGCCUGAUGUGUCUGGCAGUGCUGGCCGAGGGCUGUGCCGACCACAUACGGACCAAGAUGCUGUCGUCCAUGUUGCAGACGGUGUGCCAGAGUCUGUCAGACAGUAACCAAGUGGUCCGCAGCGCCGGCCUCUUUGCCCUGGGACAGUUUUCUGAGCACCUGCAGCCUGAGGUCAGUAAGUAUUGUGCUGAGCUGAUGCCACUGUUGCUGGGCUACAUGUCUGCUCUGAACCAGGCCAAGAUCGGACACGUCACCAAGGCCUUCUACGCCCUGGAGAACUUCCUGGAAAACCUGGGUUCAGAGAUUGAGCCCUACCUGCCCACCCUGAUGGAGACCAUGUUGUCUGCCCUCAGCAACGCAGAGAACCUGAAGCUCAAAGAGCUGGCUGUCAGUGCUAUAGGAGCUAUAGCCAAUGCAGCCAAAGAGAAGCUAGUUCCUUACUUCCUGCCUGUCAUUGAGAGUCUGAAUGCAACUCGGGGGUUUAUGGCAACUCUGAACUAAUUGGAAUAUUGCAGCACCUGCUGCCCUCUUAAUACCGCACAAGUUGUCGAGGUCCAACCUAAAACCAAGUAUUGGGUCAGUGUUUGCUCUGAUAAGACAUGCUUUAUUUGUACAACCAGGCCUUGUUUCCCCUUUGCAAGAGUGACAGAUCAGGCAACAAAAUUACAUUACCAAAAAUCCUGGUCGAAGCAUUCCAUGUGGUUCAGUGUAGAGCUAUUAACAGUUGCCAGGUUCUCCAAACAUGUCUGCCUAUAGAAAAAAAUGGCUGAAAGCCAUGGUGUAUAGCACCUUAAACCACAGGUACAUGUUUACUGUUUCUAAUUACUUGUUUCUAACCAGUUUAUAAUAGCAGUAAGGCAACUCGGGGGUUUGUGGUAUAUACCACGGCUAAAGGCUGUAUCCAGGCACUCCAUGUUACAUAAUGCAUAAGAACAGCCCUUAGCCAUGGUAUAUUGGCCAUAUACCACACCCCGCCGGACCAUAUUUCUUAAUGUAGUACAGUAAAUAACUUUUUAUAGGUAUCAUAGGACAAUUCAGGCAACUUGGAGACAGAUGUCUACAAUGGCCGGACAUGUAAAUGCAGUGUAUAGUCAGCACCUGGUAGCAAUGCUUUCACAUACUGGACCAAACUGGCCCAAGAAUUACCAUUCAAAUGCUUGAAUGCUUUAGCCUACCUCCGUGGCUGCAUUGCAAUUGUAAUGGUUCAGUUAGAGGUGAGAAUAUGUGAUCAUGUUGAGACUAUGGGACUAUUGACAUAGCUACUGAUCUCUAACUGGGCAGGGGGGGUCAUAGGUGUGGAGUGUGUGUUUGGCAGGUUCGAUAAUCGAUUUCUUUAGUGUCCGUGUCUCUUUUGUGACCUUUAUUAAAAGGUGCGAAUUGUCACCUCAUACUACUCUGCAUGUCAAUUGAGACAUGCUCAACUACAACAACGUUUUUACAACUUGAAAACGUGUAGAAUUAGACACGCACUCAUGCAAGAAUAUUCUACGGUAGUUUGUUCACAAACAAUAUUGAUCAUUUUCGCCCCAAAACAGGCGCUCUACACUUGUAAAGCUGAUGUUGAUGUGUAUUUCAAUGUGGUAUGGAACACCGUUUGGGUCUUUGCGUGUCAAAAAAGGUACACGUCAAAUAACACUAUUUGACACGUUAAAUAAUCUCAUAAUUUGACAAAUAACAGUUUAAUUGUAGAAUGUUGUGUUGGACUGCAACUUCUGGGGUAGCUAGCUAGCGUUAGCUUGGUACCUAGCUAACACCAAUACAACCAGCCUGAAAACAAUGACCAGUAGAAACUGCAGUUAUUUUCAUUAUUCUUAGCAAUGAUUUAGGAAUCCUUGUAAGUAUUAGCAAGUAACCGCACCUAAAGGACAUCAAUAAGAAGACUUGCUUGUGCCAAGAAACACACGUAAUGGACAUGAGACUGGUGGAAAUCUGUCCUUUGGUCUGGAGUAAAAAUGUAAGAUUUUUGGUUCCAAAUGCCAUGUCUUAGUGAGACGCAGAGUAGGUGAACAAAAGAUCUCUCCAUGUUUGGUUCCAACUGUGAAGCAUGAGGAUGAGUUGUGAUGGUGCUUUGCUGGUGACACCGACAAUGAUUUAGAAUGCAAGGCGCACUUAACCAGCAUGGCUACCACAGAAUUCUGCAGCGAUACACCAUCCCAUCAUGUUUUCCUACAGGACAAUGACCCAACACACCUCCAGGCUGUGUCAGGGCUAUUUGACCAAGAAGGAGGGUAAUAGAGUGCUGAAUUACAGAGUACUUUGUUGAAGCACCUUUAGCAGUGAUUACAGCUCCAAUCUUCUUGAGUAUGACACUACAAGCUUGAU